AAAAAAACGUGAAACAAACAAGCUAAAGACAUGGAUCAUCAAGAAAGACUCCAUGACCAACAACUAGAGUCAGCUAAUAAGAGCCAGCAACAGCAGAUGGAGCCAGAACUGGGCUCUGGAUCCUUAGAAUUAAAGAUUCUCUUCCUGGGCAAACAUGGUGUAGGGAAGAGUGCAACAGGCAACAGCAUCCUGGGGAAGCCAGUGUUUGAGUCCAAAUACAGUGAUGAAUCAGUGACCAAAACUUGUAAGAAAGAAAGUGAAACUGUGGGAAAGAGGGAAGUUGUGAUCAUCGAUACCCCUGAUCUUUUCUCCACAAGGAUCUGUGCUAGAGAGAGGGAACAAGAGGUCAGGUGAUGUAUCUCCCUCUGUUCGCCAGGUCCCCAUAUCCUCCUCCUGGUGACAUCUCUGAAUUUUUUCACAGUGGAAGAUGAAGAGGUGGUGAAGGGUAUUUAGAAGAUCUUUGGAGAUGAAGCUGUGAGACACAUGAUGUUUCUUUUCACAAGGACAGAAGAGCUGGGGGGUGACUCACUUCUGGAGUACAUUAAAGAAACUGACAAUGAGUA